UCAUAAACCUUUUUGUUUUUUCCCUCCCAACUCAUAUCAAAUCAACAAAACAAACCCAGAAUCCAUAUAGAAUUCUAGCUUUACAUGAUUUCUUCUCCCACUCCGCGUCUUCUCUCUCUCUAGACCUCAGCUCUUUAUGUUUCUCUCUCCACAAUGCAGAGACAAUCUAGCAACUCCCGCCCCACAGACCCACCCCAGAUUCCACAGUCCAGAGCGAUGUUCUUCCAGAGAAGGAGAGCAGAGAGAGGCCCCAUUCUCCCACUGCACAAUAAGGAGAAUUUGGGCUUACGCUCCUCCGAAGUUGCCGUCCAUUUCAUCCCUAUACUUGUCUUGUCCUGCCUCUUCAUACUCUGGUGGUUUUCUCAUCCGGUUAAGUUGGAGAUGAAGACUGGCCGACUUGCAGCCACUUACCAAAUUGCAGUGCAGGACACACCGUCCAAUCUUACCGACGAGGUAUUAACCGUUCCGCCUUAUCCAUGGAUUUCUGAAGUGCAGAUGGCGAGCAAUGAGAGCACAGCAGAAUCAGCAAGAACAGAAGGAGAAACUGUAUAGGCUGUUGUA